ACUUUGCUUCGUGUCCCAAUUUGCUUUGCGAACAUUUUCCAUCCACUCAUUGCAACAAAAUUUCCCUAGGAAAAUUCUACCAACACUUCAUCAACAAUCAAUGGAGGCAUUGAGGAUGAGGAUAUUUUUCGCUAUGGUGAUAGUGUUGAUGGCCGUGUUUGCGGUCCAAAAUGUGGCGGCAGCUGAUGCCCCAGCCCCUAGCCCAACUUCAGAUGCCACCGCCUUCGUGCCACCGGUGUUUGCUUCCCUUGUUGCUCUUGCAUUUGGCCUUCUUUUCUAAAAUGGUGGUGUUGAAUGAGUUACAAUAUAUAUGUUUUUUCUGACUGGGGCUUACGUAGAGUCUCUCGUUUCAAGUUAUCUUCUUUGAUUCUUUCUCCAAAGGGCAUGCAACUCUUGCUAGU